GCACUUCCGGGUUGGGCUCUGUGACGCAGCACUUCUGGUGUCGUGAACCUCAGAUACAAAACAGAAAAGAAGCUGUCUUUGCUGUAGAGCCCAGAUCUAAAUGGGUGGGAGCGGCGGCCGAGCGAUGUGGAUUUAAGGAAUCGAGGGUUAGUCCCAUGCUAACAAAGGCAAGGCUUUAGUCGCCAUAUACUGGAUAAUCGAGAGGACUGACUGUCCACCGGCUGGAGGCGAGCAGGCAGGCGCCGGGGCUCCAUCUGAAACCCCCGGAGUUGCAGCCAGCAGACGGUGACAGAGAAAAGUCGGGCGUCCGCUGAUCGGUGCCACGGGGUCCGCGCCAGCUGCACGAUGGCUUCAGUGCCCGGUGCUGACACGGCGACGUUAAGCGCUGCCUCUCGGUGAAGGCGGAUCGGGCUCUGGUUCGUGAUUUAACCACGAACCGCGUCAGCAAGGCGGGGAGGAGACGGAGCUGAGCCCGGCCGGGUCCGCUGGGCGCGGGACCGCAAGGAGCCGCAGCAUGCUGGCCCCUUGCGUGCUGAAGGGCUGAGGACAGGCCAGGAGAUUAGCAGCGGCAGUAGGAGCGACAGCGUCCCCCGGGGGCCGAGUCAUGGGGAACACGGCCACCAAGUUCCGCAAGGCCCUGAUCAAUGGGGACGAGACCCUGGCCUGCCAGCUCUACGAGAGUAACCCGCAGUUCAAGGAGUCCCUGGACCCCAACACCUCGUACGGGGAGCCGUAUCAGCACAACACCCCUCUGCACUACGCCUCCAGGCACGCCAUGACGCGUCUGCUCAGGUCCUUCCUGUUCUGCAAGGAUGGCAACCCUAACAAGCGUAAUGUGCACAACGAGACCUGCCUGCACCUGCUCUGCAUGGGCCCGCAGAUCUUGCUGCCGGAGGGGGUGCUGCACCCCCGCCUGGCCCGGCCCCAAGAGGAUGAGCAGAGGCGAGCCGACUGCCUCCAGAUGAUCCUCAGGUGGACCGGCGCCAAGCUGGAUCAGGGCGAGUACGAGCGCGCCAACGUCAACGCCACGGACGUCAAGAAGAGCACGUGCCUGCACUACGCGGCCGCCUCAGGGAUGAAGACGUGUGUGGAGUACUUGGUGAGGAGCGACGCAGACCUCUUCGCGGAGAACGAGGAUAAGGAGACCCCGUGCGACUGUGCCGAGAAGCAGCACCACAAGGAGCUGGCCCUCAGCCUGGAGGCUCAGAUGGUCUUCUCCAAGGACCCCGAGGCGGAGGGCGUGGAGGCUGAGUAUGCUGCACUGGACCGUAAAGAGCCCUACGAGGGUCUGAAGCUGCAGGAUUUGCGUCGUCUGAAGGACAUGCUGAUCGUGGAGACGGCUGACAUGCUCCAGGCUCCCCUCUUCACGGCGGAGGCAUUGCUCAGGGCUCACGCUGGUUUGUUGAAACAAUAUCUUGGUCUGAAUUUGUACUUUCUGAACCUGAACUAUCCACCUCUGGAACACUAUGGAGUGUCCUUUUCUAGGAGUAGUCAAAGUGUGACGUCAAAUGUUUCUUUUUCCCUCCAUAAGUGUGGAAUCUGCAUGUGUCCCAUCUCGGUGUUCGAGGACCCUGUGGAUAUGUCAUGUAGCCAUGAGUUCUGCCGAGCAUGCUGGGAAGGGUUCUUGAACUUGAAGAUCCAGGAGGGGGAGGCACACAACAUCUUCUGUCCGGCCCAUGACUGUUUCCAGCUGGUCCCUGUGGAGGUCAUCGAAAGCGUGGUGUCCCGGGAGAUGGAUAAGCGCUACCUGCAGUUUGACAUUAAGGCGUUUGUAGAGAACAACCCCGCCAUUAAGUGGUGCCCCACAGCUGGGUGUGAGAGAGCUGUUCGCCUCAACCGACUGGGUCCUGGAGCCGCCGCCUCAGACCCACUCAGCUUCCCUCUGCUCCGAGCUCCUGCCGUUGACUGUGGGAAAGGCCAUGUCUUCUGCUGGGAGUGUCUCGGGGAGGCUCACGAACCGUGUGACUGCCAGACUUGGAACAUGUGGCUCCAGAAGGUGUCCGAGAUGAAACCGGAAGAACUGGCCGGCGUGAGCGAGGCCUACGAGGACGCUGCCAACUGCCUGUGGCUGCUCACCAACUCCAAGCCGUGUGCCAACUGCAAGUCGCCCAUCCAGAAGAACGAGGGCUGCAACCACAUGCAGUGUGCCAAGUGCAAGUAUGACUUCUGCUGGAUCUGCCUGGAAGAAUGGAAAAAGCACAGCUCAUCCACAGGGGGGUACUAUCGCUGUACGCGCUAUGAGGUCAUCCAACAGGUGGAGGAACAGUCCAAGGAGAUGACGGUGGAGGCUGAGAAGAAGCACAAGAGCUUCCAGGAGCUUGACCGCUUCAUGCAUUACUACACGCGCUACAAGAACCAUGAACACAGCUACCAGCUGGAGCAGCGCCUCCUCAAAACAGCCAAAGAGAAGAUGGAGCAGCUGAGUAAAGCCUUCAGCGGAAGAGAGGGCGCUCCCCCUGACACCACGUUCAUUGAAGAUGCGGUGCACGAGCUCCUGAAAACCCGGCGCAUUCUCAAGUGCUCUUACCCAUGCGGCUUCUUUCUGGAACCCAAAAGCACAAAGAAGGAGAUCUUUGAACUUAUGCAGACGGACCUGGAGAUGGUGACAGAAGACCUCGCCCAGAAAGUCAACAGGCCUUACCUCCGCACGCCUCGACAUCGGAUCAUCCGCGCUGCCUGCCUGGUCCAGCAGAAGAGGCAGGAAUUCCUGGCCUCCGUGGCCAGAGGCGUGGCCCCCAACGACUCCCCGGAGGCCCCCCGUCGCAGUUUCGCAGGCGGAACUUGGGACUGGGAGUACUUAGGAUUUGCUUCCCCAGAGAUCCUGGCCAAUCAGUCGGUACUGGGAGGAAAUGAUCAGAGAGAGAACUAUCAGAGUUCAGGAGCACAGCAGCAGGAGUACGCAGAGUUCCAGUACCGCCGGAGACACCGGCAGCGGCGUCGCGGAGACACACACGGCCUGCGGAGCAGCACCCCUGACCCCGAUGACCCCGGCGAGGGCGUCAUAGACACCCAGGACGGGGGGAGCAGUCGGAGGCAUGUGGCCCUCCGUUCCCUUGACGACGACGACCCCAACAUUCUACUGGCCAUCCAGCUGUCCCUGCAGGAGUCUGGCUUAGAUGUGGGCGGCGACACCCAGGAGUUCCUGAAUAACGAGGCGUCGCUGGGGGCGAUCGGCACCUCCCUGCCCUCCCGGCUGGACCCGGCGCCCCGUGCCGUGGAGGUGCCCCGUGCCGCCCUCAGCAGCUCCGAGCUGCUGGAGCUGGGCGAUAGCCUGAUGAGGUUGGGCGCUGUGGCUGGCCAGUAUGCGCCUGAGCACUUCAGUGGCUCGCACGCCUUUGACGAUGCCACGGGCAGCAGCCCCCCCCAGUCUGAGGGUGCCGACCUCGACUCGGAGUGUCACGACCCCGCUGCCAAUGCCAAUCUACUGGGCAACAUCAUGGCUUGGUUCCACGACAUGAAUCCCCAAAGCAUUGCCCUAAUCCCCUCAGCCUCCUCUGAGCCUGGCCUGGACACGCAGCUGUCCGGCAGCCUGAAGGAAGGUCUGGAACCUCGGAUUGAGGUACAGGAGCAGGUGGAUGAGGAGGAGGGCCAUCUGGGGAAGGUGGGGCAAUGUCUACCAUGCCAGGCUGGAGAGGAUACUGAAACGACAAGGCCCACCCAACUGGAGCUGGAGCGUCUGGAUGUUGUAACCGUGCCAGCCGUGGAGCAGGAGAACUACUGUAGCGCCAAUCUCAGCCGCGCUGAAGGCCCUCAAUGUGACUCUGACCCUGAGCACCAACAAUGCAGCAGCGCCUCCCCAGACUGGGAGGAGCAAGUGCACCUGGUGUGAGAAAUAAUAUAGCUAGCCCACCCAGAAAAUCUUAACCGGUCUGAGAGGCAAAUUAUUAGCUCUAGCAGCAGUUGGAAGGUCAAAAGAAGGUUUCUUAUGGAAGCACAACAGAAAGGUCUCGUUAUGGGGGAGUCUGAGUGAUGAUAGGUAUUUUUAAUGAAAGAUAUGAAAGGUUAGAGGGCAGUUGAAUACUGAGAGAUUGUACUUAUCUGUGGAACUAGGUAUGGUAACUAGUUAAGUCCUAUGACGGACAAUAGUCAGGAAAGGCAGGGGGGAAUCUGAAUUUUUGCUUUUUGAAUUUUUUGCUUUUCAGAAAUAUGCGAAAGAUUAGGCCAUGAGAUCAGCCUCAUCAAAGUGCAUUUCCCCCUCUUUCAGCUAACUAUAACCCCCCCCCCCGGAAUAAUCAUUGUGGUUUUCUUACCAGGAUGAGACCUACUACUGAGAGGGGGGACAGAGUUCAGCCCUCCCAACCGUUAGGGGGCAGUGUUGCACCUUGCCGUGGUAUCGGAAUAGUAAACAGGCGGGUAAACCCCUUCCUGUCAAUUCUCAUCCGCCUCCUCUUUAAAUGAAAAGGUGCCAAACUGUAACUAGAGUAUAUAUGUACCACGUUGUUAACAUGCGAACUGUGCCUAAGUUGCUAAGAUCCAAUCACGUUUAUUUCCUUCCCAUAGUUGCCCAUCAUUAGUCAAUGCACAUUUGCUUGUGAUAUAGAGAAUGUGAACAAGACAGAGCUACUACGACAGGUUUUAUUUUAAAAUCAUUAUUAAAACAAAGCUGGAAAUGUUAUAAUGCAGAGUAGCAGUGGACACAAUCAUGGUGUGUAUUAGAAAUGCAGUUAGCUAUUUACUUCCCAUAACCUAAGCACUGUAACACGCCUAUGAGUAUUUGAAAACGUAGGAUUCAUUUAAAAUAUGAACUUGCCGCGCAGGAAAGGGCUGUACCUUGAAGCGGAUCUACUAAAUUCAUUACCGUGCCUUUAUGUGAGAGUUUUUUUUAAUUAUUUUAAAUUAAUUACUGCGUCUCAUGAGCUCUUUAGCGGUGUGGCUUACAAGCACUCAGCUCCCUUUGUGGUACAGUCUAUUCAUUAACAAACUAACAAAGGUUUUCGAACCUUAGCAUUAAGAAAAACACAUUUGUAUCCAUUCUUAGCCUCUCUUGCUUGUUAGAUUAUUUCUACAUUUUUUUAAAGCAUUGAAAAAUGGAAUAUAAAUUUAAAUGUAAUUAUAGUGAGCCAACGGAUUAUUGAUCACCUUCGAUUCUGUUACAUUUUAUUCUUAAGUAUAAAAUUGCCAUUUGUUCGACUUAGUUUCUGAUUUGGGGCAUGCAGGAAUUUAGUGCCAGAGAAGCGUAACGCUGUAAACUUAAAUACAACGGUGCAGGUCUUUUUUACGGAGAUCUGAAAUGACACUAAGAAGCACGGGUGGCACAGGUAUUUAUACGUAACACUUUAAGGUAUUUAUUAAAAAGUGAAAUCCCCUUGCAACUUUGAAACUUAACUUUAGAUGUGUCAAGGUAUAAAUUUGGAUUGGAUCAUUUUCUGUGGCAAAACUGAACUUCGAGAUAAACGGUUUUCCUUAAGGCUUCACUAAAAACGGUCUUUUUCUCAAGAUAGGUGUGACUGUGCUGAAAUACAUGUCAUCUGAUGCUUAGAACAGCAGCGAAACGUGUGUGUCGCAUUGAAGCAGUUUGUGAGAGUAACGUGCCGGAGUCCGUGACUUUCGUGGGACUUUUUGUUCUGUACGUCCCUAUUUAAGUUGUGGAGUUUGACCAUCGUCUUCUGUGAAACAGUAUGCUGUGCAUGAAAAGGGUCCUACUAUAUACAGUUUUUUUUUCCUUGGUACUGAAUUUGACCUGACAACAGAAAUCACUUUAAAUUGGCAAAACUAUUUUAUAACCCACUGAAAUUUUAUAUUGUAAAGCAACGUAACCUUGAAAUGCGAUUUGCACUUUCAUAAUGAUAUACUUGAUACAUUCCCAGUUUAUAUGGAAGUAAGUAAUGUUUGAUGUCUGGCCAAAACAUGAAAGUGUCGGUUAAGGUUGACUUAAUAAAACUGUGUAAAAAUCUAA